AUGGCAACUGAAAAGCUCUGCUCUGGAAGAUUCCCGGAUUCGUUGCAGUUGUGGACAUUACGGCUAUCCAUAGAGAUGAACGGCACUCUCGGCGAAUCUCCUUAUCCAACCAAGGGUGACCUAAAAUACAUCUUUGAGCUUCUGAGAAAUGUUCUGAUGAAAGUUCGUGUUUCAGAAGCUGAAAACUUGUGGGUUAUGGGGCUGAAAUACUUUGCAAAUCAUAGACACUAUUUUGACAAGCUUGUGAAGAUUUCAAUCUUGGCUCUGGCCAGGGAUGGAGGGAGUGAGGGUGGAUUUUCACUCUCGUCGACAAUUUUAAGUUACUUACUACAGAAGGAUGGAGUUGAAAGUGCAAGAGAGACGUACAAGCAGUUUCUAGCUUUACCUCACCCUGGACUCGCUAUAUUCAGGAACUGCAUCGAGCUAGAAUCGAACCUUGCAUCUGCUGGGGACAAGAGGGCCCUUGCCAAUGCUCGAAAACUGUAUGAUUCUGCACUUGCGACUUACGAUCAAGAUGCGAGCCUGUGGCGGGACUACUGUUUGAUGGAAGUCAAAAUGGGAAGCUCUGAAACUGCUGCAGCUGUCCACUGGCGUGCAAUGAAGUCCCUCAAAGACACCGGUGCUCUUCGUUCCAGUAUAAUUUUGUCGUGA